GGAUCAUCUCCCAGCCAGCUGAGAAGGAUCCACGAAACUUCCCCGACGAAACUAUAUGGGCAGAGAGCGAAAAAAAAUGGGGACUGAAUCAACUGUAGAGAAAAAAAAAAGAAAUGGAGAGAGAAGCAGAUCAGAGUCAAGCCGAGAAACGCAACCCUGAGAUCAACGAACCUAACGUCGAAAAGAUCCCGUCGUUGCCUAGUCCCGUCGUCGUCGAAGGGCAAGUAGAGAACGUGGAAGAUCUUGCUGAACAUAAGAUACAACCGCGGCGGCCAACAGCUGCUGAUGCCUUGCCACAGAAGAAUCUUGCAAUACUGACGGUGGCGGUACUCAUACUGACGCUCGCGUACCAGGCCGCCGUCAGCCCACCUGGCGGCGUGAGCCAGGACAACAAAACGUCCCACAGCGCCGCGGGUCACGUCGUGAUCGGGUACACGCAUCCCAACUCAUACAUGUUCUUGGUGCUCUCCAACGCGGCGGCGUUGAGCCUAGCUCUCGUCUCGAUCUUCCUCGUCGCCUGUGGCUGGACGUCGAAAACCCGGGUUCUGUUUCGAGCCGCCUGGGGCUCUGUCUGCGCGUCCCUGAUAGUUGUCGCCGCGAAUUAUGCAGUAUCGGUGAUUGUGACCGCUCCCAGAAAAUCGGAAUCCUUUAUGUUAGCCGUGUUAUUGUGCAUAUUCCUUCCUGCAGGGGUGGUGUUCGUUUUCUUGAUUCUGGUUCUGAUAUAUUAUUUCGAAGAAAACUUGUUCCCGCGACUGAGGCGAUUGUUCGGUGCUGGGACAGAAGCUGAGGCUUUUGUGACAGAAGCCAACGACGACGAGAGAGCCAGGAAUGUUUGAACCAACUUCUCAAUUAAUUCCUUUGCAUUUCCAUUUCAAUCUCUGAUCAUUUAUUCAAUGACAUGAACAUUGCCAUUCCAUUCUAUUCUGUUCAAUUCCAUUCAAUCGUAUGUAAUUUUAAAAUAUACAAUUAAUGUUUAUGUAAUUUGAAACAGCUUUGGUUUCA